AUGACACCACCCAAGUUCAACGAACUGCACGAACUGGUGAAAAGCGACUUGGUGAAGUCGUUCUUGUGUCGCGAACCUUUGUGUUCUGAAGAAAGGCUGGCCAUCACCCUCAGGUACCUCUCCUCAGGGAGUGCAAUCAAGCAGAUUGCAAUGAAUUUCAGAGUUGCGCCAUCAACAUGUCGUGUCGUCAUUCACCACACCUGCAAAGUUCUCUGGCGGCACUUACAGUCGCUGUACCUACCUGAGCCAGGACUUGCCCAAUGGCAAAACAUCGCUGAGAAAUUCAGCAGGCGCUGGAAUUUCCCCAAUUGCAUCGGGGCAGUCGAUGGCAAGCACAUCCAAAUUAAGGCGCCACCAAACUCUGGCAGCAAAUAUUUUAACUACAAGGGCACAUUCUCUAUCGUGUUGAUGGCGAUUGUUGACGCCAGCUACCGCUUCAUCAUGGUCGACGUUGGGGCUGCAGGCCGGCACAGUGAC